UUCACAUCUCCUCGGUUUAACUCUUCCCUAUUUUUUGAAGAGUAAACUAUCAAGUUAGGCUCGUGAUUGAACCUAUGCAAGAAUCUUCUUGGGCUUACUUAGAUAAGCAUGUCAUUUGGUACAAUGCACGAAUAUCCUCAGAAUGUGUUGUUCUUAUGGAAAGAAAGACGCGUUAGAAUGCACCAACCGAAAUUCAUUAACUACAUUGCGAUAAAGUAGUUGUUGCUCCGUAGAUGUGAAUGGAUCAUCUCAUACCAAUGAGACAUCUCUCUCAUUUUCUUGCUCUUUUGUAUCAUCAGCUAUUUAACAUAGUUUUGUUUUGAGAGGACAAACGACAUACCCGUGGUACAUGCUUGAACAAGCACACCACAUCUGUUUACUUACAAUAUGAAGUUCUUUAGCAUGUUGAGCCAUGAGACCUUGGUAGGCUUGAGUUUUGACUUUGUAAGAAAAUGAUUGACCGGUCAAAGUUAUGGUUACAAACACGCAAUAUUGAAACGUUUGUCACGUGCAGAAAUUUCGAAAGAUUUCUCUGGCUGGAAUUAAUUCUAUCACACUCUUUUGGCCGAAUGUAAUUGUAGAAAAUAUGAAAGGGUAUACAAUUAUUAAUGUCCUUAAUUAUUGUUUCCAUCAUCUGGCUAUAUAGUAUCUGUGCGAUAUGCGUUUGGCAUCACUUGGCGGCGCAGAUGAAUCAGGUGAGCUCCAGCGCCAUUGGCGGGUCUGAUGUGCCGCCACCACCAGAACAUCAACAGAUGUUGGAUGCGGUAGGCCUCACCAUGGGGGUGGAUACCAAGUUGGCGAUGAGGCGCAGCAUUAACCGAGACAGGAUAUCCGAGCAUAUAGAGAGUAAGAAAUACUUGGCUAACUUGCAAGGGAUGCUGCCAGACCUUGCGACACAGCUCGAGGAAAUAUUGUUUAAAGUUCAUGGAUGCAAGAGGGAGUACUACAAUAUGGUGGAGCGACUGUUUGAGCCAGAAUUGCAGCUUGCUAUCCAGCUCUUGAGUGUCCAGAACCCACAAAAUCAAGAACUGUCAAGGAAUAUCCAAACUUUCCCUGCAAUAGGAACAGACUUUUGGGUACCUGGUAGUAUCAAGGGCGAAAGUGGAAAUUCUAUGAUGUAUUCUGAUGUGACAUAUAAGAUGGGACUUGCUUCUUCAUCUCUAAUAGGCAUGUUGCUUCCACAGAGUGCACAUAAUUUAACAAAAAAUACUGCUCAUACCAUAUCCUUAGGCGCUUUCAAAUAUUCAUCUGUUGCACUUUAAAAUUAUACUCCAUAUACUAUUCGUUCUUACAGAUUUAUAUAUGAUCCGCACAUGUAUAUUUGUUUUCUUUUUCUAGUUUGUCUUAUAGACCAUGUUUCCCAUUUACUAAGUUGUUUGUGCUCCCUUCUUUCCAGGAAAACAUCCCAAGGUGAUGGAGGCGAAGGAGGUCCCAAGGGAACUAAAGUUCAGCUGUCCAGUCUGCAUGAACGAGCUGGUGGAUGCGUCAUCCACCAUAUGUGGCCACAUCUUCUGCGAGAACUGCAUCAAGGCCUCUAUCCAGGCUCAGAGAAAGUGCCCUACCUGCCGGAAGAAGCUGACCCUGCGCGGUUUCCACCGGCUCUACCUCCCGGCGACAAACUAGAGCCGUUGCGCCAAUCUGAACUUUCUCCCCACCAGCAUUUUGGGAUUGUAUCUGAAUUAGUCUUCACAAGGUUAUCGUUACCAUUUAGUUUUUUCCCAAAAAUUUGAGAACCAUGUUUCCAUGGCACUUGAGACGUCGUUAUCAAUAAGUACCUGUAGCUGGUUAUGAAUAUAGAUAUCUCAAGACUGUUGUUGCCUUUUCCUUUGGCAUGUCAAA